UGCGCCUCGUCGCUAAGUCUUUACUGAAUGGCACCUAGCGGAACACCCUGAGACGGGAGAACAUGACGAAUUUGUGCUUCUAGCGCCCCUCGGCUGGGGCCAGAGGAAAGGACGACGACCAGCUCCUAUCACGGCAGACCUCUGGUUAUCUGCACCUGCUCCAACAUGGAGUAGGUGAAGAAGCGAAGACGUCCAUCUUUCAGCCUCACGCUCCACUACCUUGGAGGCAGUCCCCACGAUGCCGUCGAUUCCAUCUUUGCGAGCAUCGCUGCGUCCUCAACCUUUGGAUAUCAACUUCGGACGCGCGUUGAAGGCGCUUCGGCCCUGAGAAACAACAUCGCUGACGAUGGACGGGGACGAGCAUGGCGUUUUCCAUGCCCGACGGUCUUUUCGACGCCAGAACUCGUCGCUUCUGCCGGGAAACAGCUAUGAACAAGCGCCUCAAGAAGAUCAUGAAUUCCAGAAUCUCGCGCCUUCAACAGAAUCCAGAGAAGAGCCUGUCGUCGGGUUGAACAUUUCAGGCUUGUCGAAGCCAGUCAAGCGUGUCCCCGUCGGAUCGAAAGGGCAAGCUUUCACAAGCACAGAUGCUUCCACAAGUACCGUUGCGGCGCCAGAUUCGCUGAUCUUGGGCCCUAGCCGCAGCACUCCUUACCAAAACACUGCAUCCCCGGGCGAAGAUGCGAAAUCAUUCAGGUCACAUCGAUCAUCUUACAGCCAACUCAACCAACAAUCCUCCCAAGACUUUUCUCCAGAAGUCGGACUGCUACAUACUCACACCAGGGUCGACGAGAACUGUCCAACCCACGGUGACAUCUUGACAAGCCCGUGGUCAUGGUGGACUAUAUCGAUAUUGGCACUGGCAGUUUACUCGACGGUAUUCUCGGGGGUAUUCCUCGGCAUCGCAUUUGCAAAACCACGAUGGGGCCAAAGAAUUGGAACCAACGGACACCUCUCCUUUGGAAACGCCACUCUUCUCUCAGCUCUAUUGUCAAAGACGGUCGAGUUAUCCUUUGUAACCAUCUUUGUUGCGCUGCUCGGACAGAUUUUGAGCCGUCGCGCAUUUGCGAAGACGGAAAAGAACAGCGGCAUCAGUAUCGCAGAAAUGACCAUGAGGUCUUGGGUCAUGCAACCCGGGACACUCAUCACGAACUGGAUAGUAGUCCGAUACGCGGCCUCGACUGUCCUCGGCAUCAUGGUCCUGGUCGCUGUCUUGGCCGCCACAUUCUACACCACCGCUGCCGAAGCAUUGGUGGCGCCUAAACCAAAGUUUGGGCCACUUGAAGAUCGAACGCUUUGGGGUCAAGUGGCAGCUUCUUACGCCAACUCGAUCUACCUGGCUCAGAGUUGCGAAACGCCUGUCCAAGAAGAUCCUGACCCAGAGGGCGUGGGUCCGCAUCCCGAGGGCGACACCUGUCUCCAGAUCGACUAUGCAGGACAAAGCUUUCAUAACUUCAAAUCAUUCAUGUCGGAUUGGCGCGAGAGACUAGACGUCGGCAACAUAAGUUCAGACCUAAGCUCUAUUAGUAGUCGGCCUUCACCAGUCGCCACAUUAUUCGACAAUACGACGGUUCAGGGCCAAUGGAUCACUCCUAGCCAUGAAAACAUUACGACCGAUUCAAACCGCUGGGGAAGACUCGUGCAAAAUGUCACACUGGCAAUGCCUCAUGCGAAUUUGUUCAAUGCAGCUCGAGAUCCCAAGAACCAGAUUUUGCAGCCGGAGGAUCUCCAGGGCAAUGGAGAGUACUUCAUUCAGGCCGCAAUCCCGGCGCCUCUAAUCAAUGUUUUGUGUGUAGGUAUGUCUACUGCCGAGCUGGCGCCCAUGAUUGUCAAUGUAUCGAACAUUGAUGACCCAAGCACAUAUUUCCCACAUCCCACCGCUGUCGACGAUAUUUUCGACUUCGGGACCACUGGCCCGACUGGCGGUUUUCAGCAAGCACCCAUCUUCCCGAAACUGCCCAUAGAAUACAACACGCUGGGAUUCAUCUCGAACACAUGGGGAUACUAUGCCAUUUAUGUUCUUGCAGCCCCUCCCCCAGUCGACAAAAGAGACUACGCGACUGAUGAUUACGUCCUGUGCUCCAUCAAGUCGGCUCAAUAUCGCAAUUGCACCACGUACUAUCGCGUCGCUCAGUCAGGUGGCCAGCUGUCGGUCGAAUGCGACCAAAGCCCCGGAAACACUCUGCCCUAUGUCCACGCGGUCAAGAACGCAGCGAUAGGGAACUGGGACGCGGAUUGGAAAGAUGUCGGCGCUGAAUGGCUUCGAUCCCUCUCUCUUACUGCUGGAGUCAACGACGCCAAUGCUUCGAGUGCGCGACUACUCAGCCAGAUGAUUCCUGCAUAUUCAGACGGCACCCCCACAGUCCUGACUUCAGACAUGCCCACCAUUGGUGAGGCCUUGGCGGUUCUGGCCGGCGAAACAGCGCUUUUGUCCUCGUCGAAUUCGCCCUUUGUGCAUUUCUGGAACUACUCGCUAGCAAUCCUCGAGGAACCCCAGUACCAGGACUUCAAAGCACGGGUGAGCUACAAGGACUAUGCUUCGGGAGGGACCCAGCAAUGGCAGAAUCUCUUCUACGUCAUUCUCGUGGCCGUGUUCCUGCUCAGUAGCUUCAGCCUCGUCUACCUGCUGUGGACGUUCUGCCUGCUUGGUCGGGUGACGGACUACACCGAGCCACAAAACAUGUUUGCGCUGGCCAUCAAUUCUCCGCCCUCGAACACCAUGUCCGGCACCUGUGGAGCCGGACCCAGCGGCGGUCUGCUGGCAAAGAAAUGGCAGGUCGACAUGCAAAAGGUGGGAGCGACCCCCACGGAUCGAAGCCAGCAUCCUCAUUUUUAUGUGCGAUGUCGAGAGGACGGCGUACCGGUGAAUUCGAGCGUGCGAAGGAAGAGGCGCAGCAGGCCCCCAACAAUCAGUUCUUUCACCGUCUCCGAGUCCCCAGCCGUCGAGCAGUACAUGCGACUGGCUGGGAACCCUUGAGCCUGGAACAAUGAUGAGUCAAUUGCCCAGGGAGAGGCGUGUGGUGUGAGCAUCCGGUCCCUCUGCCAUGGCGUGGUCAGUUAACGCGGUAGCAAUAAUGUAAUUAUAUUU